AUGUAACCAAGGAUUUCACACGAGAAUGGAUGUUAAAAACGCGUAGAUAGUAUCCAGCAAUGUGAUUUAAAUAGAUGUGUAAACCAACAUUGUGAGAGUGAUUGUAACCUAUUGACCAAUUUAGUUAACAGAAUAGUUAAGUUAACAUGCUUCUGUUUUGUCCAACAUGUGGGAAUGUGUUGAUUGUAGAGGAAGGACAGAAGUGCUACCGUUUCGCCUGCAACACAUGCCCUUACGUACAUAACAUAACUAGGAAGGUUAACAACAGGAAGUAUCCCAAACUGAAAGAGGUUGAUGACGUGCUUGGUGGAGCUGCAGCCUGGGAAAAUGUGGAUUCCACACCAGAAAAAUGUCCCAAAUGUGAGCACCCAAGAGCGUACUUCAUGCAGAUUCAGACGAGAUCAGCCGACGAACCAAUGACAACAUUCUACAAAUGCUGCAAUCAUGAGUGUGGACACCGCUGGAGAGACUAAACUGUGUUCAGUUGGACUUCUACCCGAAUUUGUACACUAGUCUGUUUCUAUGGUGUGCUGCUGUAGCCAACUGUUGUUAUUGGGGUCACGUCAAACCGCUUAGAGACGACAUUGAAUGAACAAGGAGGUAAUCCCUUUGAAUUCAAUUACUUUUUGAAGCACUCUUAUUUAAACAAAACCUUUGAACAAUAUGCAUAUUGUGGAAGCACCCAAAAUGUGAAAGAUGAAGGUUGACCUCUUUUGCAUUCCCCAUACCAUAAGGCAUGUGAAGACAAUGUAUUUAUCAUUGCAAUAGAAAACUGUUGAUAUCCUUUGAAAACUUCAAAACAGAGUGGCCAAACAUUGAUUAUUGGUUGAGAAUAAGGAUGUUCUAUGGAAGAUUGACCAUAUAGAAUAAAGUAAUAGGCAUUCCC